AUGUCUGACCCCGCUCCUUCGAACCCGGCCGCUCCGGCGCCGCCGGCUGACAACAAGGACGAGACGGCCACCGCCAUCCUUCGCCAGAAGAAGUCGCCCAACCGCCUCUUUGUCGAGGAGUCGACGACAGACGACAACUCGGUGGCGUGCCUCUCUGCCGAAAAGAUGGAGGAGCUCGGCCUCUUCCGCGGCGACACCAUCCUGAUCCGCGGCAAGAAGCGCCGGGACACGGUCCUCAUCUGCCUGACCGAUGAGAACACCGAGGAGUCCAAGAUCCGCCUCAACAAGGUUGCGAGAAACAACCUGCGCGUCAAGCUGGGCGACCUCGUCACCGUCCACGCCUGCCACGACAUCAAGUACGGCAAGCGCAUCCACGUGCUGCCCUUUGACGACAGCAUCGAAGGCCUCACCGGCAACCUCUUUGACGUCUACCUCAAGCCCUACUUCCUCGAGGCCUACCGCCCCGUCCGCAAGGGCGACACGUUCACCGUACGCGGCGGUAUGCGCGCCGUCGAGUUCAAGGUCAUCGAGACGGACCCCGCAGAGUUCUGCAUCGUCGCGCAGGAUACCGUCAUCCACACCGAGGGCGACCCGGUCAAGCGCGAGGACGAGGAGGCCAACCUUGCCGACGUCGGCUACGACGACAUUGGCGGUUGCCGCAAGCAGAUGGCCCAGAUCCGCGAGAUGGUCGAGCUGCCGCUGCGACACCCGCAGCUCUUCAAGGCCAUCGGCAUCAAGCCCCCGCGCGGCGUGCUCAUGUUCGGCCCGCCCGGUACCGGUAAGACGCUGAUGGCGAGGGCGGUGGCCAACGAGACCGGCGCCUUCUUCUUCCUCAUCAACGGUCCCGAGAUCAUGUCCAAGAUGGCCGGAGAGUCCGAGUCGAACCUGCGCAAGGCGUUCGAGGAGGCCGAGAAGAACUCGCCCGCCAUCAUCUUUAUCGACGAGAUCGACUCGAUCGCGCCGAAGCGUGAGAAGACCCAGGGCGAGGUCGAGCGUCGUGUCGUGUCGCAGCUCCUCACCCUCAUGGACGGCCUCAAGGCGCGCUCCAACAUCGUCGUCAUGGCCGCCACCAACCGCCCCAACUCGAUCGACCCGGCGCUCCGACGAUUCGGACGAUUUGACCGCGAGGUCGACAUCGGCAUCCCCGACCCGACUGGCCGUCUCGAGAUCCUCCGCAUCCACACCAAGAACAUGAAGCUCGCCGAUGACGUCGACCUCGAGCAGAUCGCCGCCGAGACUCACGGCUACGUCGGCUCCGACGUCGCCGCCCUCUGCUCCGAGGCCGCCAUGCAGCAGAUUCGAGAGAAGAUGGACCUCAUCGACCUCGACGAGGACACGAUCGACGCCGAGGUGCUCGACUCGCUGGGCGUCACGAUGGAGAACUUCCGCUUCGCCCUCGGCAUCUCGAACCCCUCGGCGCUGCGCGAGACGGUGGUCGAGGUGCCCACCACCACCUGGUCCGACAUCGGCGGCCUCGACAAGGUCAAGCAGGAGCUGCAGGAGACGGUGUCGUACCCCGUCGAGCACCCCGAAAAGUUCCUCAAGUACGGCAUGUCGCCGUCCAAGGGUGUCCUCUUCUACGGCCCGCCCGGUACCGGUAAGACGCUGCUGGCCAAGGCCAUCGCCAACGAGUGCCAGGCCAACUUCAUCUCGAUCAAGGGUCCCGAGCUGCUCACCAUGUGGUUCGGUGAAUCCGAGGCCAACGUGCGCGACGUCUUUGACAAGGCGCGGGCUGCCGCGCCCUGCGUCAUGUUCUUUGACGAGCUCGACGCCAUUGCCAAGUCGCGCGGUGGCUCGGCCGGCGACGCUGGCGGUGCCGGUGACCGUGUCAUCAACCAGAUCCUCACCGAGAUGGACGGCGUCAACUCGAAGAAGAAUGUCUUUAUCAUCGGCGCCACCAACCGACCCGACCAGAUCGACCCGGCCAUCCUGCGUCCCGGCCGUCUGGACCAGCUGAUCUACAUCCCGCUGCCCGACGAGCCCUCGCGCCUGUCGAUUCUCAAGGCGACGCUCAAGAAGUCGCCCAUCUCCAAGGAGGUCGACCUCAGCUUCCUCGCCAAGCACACGCACGGCUUCUCGGGUGCCGACCUGGCCGAGAUCUGCCAGCGCGCCGCCAAGCUGGCCAUCCGCGAGUCGAUCGAGGCCGACAUCAAGCGCGAGCGCGAGCGCGCCCAGAAGGACGAGGACGGCGAGGUCAAGAUGGAGGAGGACGCCGGCGCCGCCGCCGCCGGGGCCGUCGAAGAGGAGGACCCGGUGCCCGAGAUUACGCGCGAGCACUUUGAGGAGGCGAUGCGCUUUGCGCGCCGCUCGGUGUCGGACGGCGACAUCCGCAAGUAUGAGCUGUUUGCGCAGAACCUGCAGUCGGCGCGCAGCUUUGGCACCUCGUUCCGCUUCCCCGAGGAGGGCGGCGCGAGCAGCAACGCGGGCGCGGGAGGUGCCGGCGGCUCGGGUGGCGGAGCGGCGUUUGGCAACGACGACGCCGGCGACGACGACCUGUACGCCUAA